AUGCCGCCUCGCAAGAGCACGAGUAAGCACAAGCUUGUCCGCAACAGCGACGACGAUUACGAGCCGGCGCACGAGGGCCGCGAGGGCGAGGAGGAGGUCGGAGGAACCGCGUCCGGCGAUGAGAACUCCCGUGACGCUCCUGCGCGCGCCUCGACGAGCAAGCCGAAGAAGGGCAAGGUCAAAGCUCUCGUCGACAGCGAGGAGGAGGACUACACUCCGCCCAAGAAGAAGACGACGGCCAGCAAGACCAAGGGCAAGGGCAAGGCGGCCGCCAAGCCGAGGGGCAACCGCGGCAAGCUGUCGGCCUUCACCUCGAUGCCGCUCGACGUUCUCGCGCUCAUUGUGAGCCACCUCGACACCAAGACGGUCCUCGCCUGUUCGCGCACGUGCUCGUCGUUCCGCACGCUCCUGCACUCGUCGCAGGGCACGAGCUGCUGGAAGGCGGCGAGGUUCAACACGAGCCGCAUCCCCGACCUCGAGGCGGGCGACCUCACCGAGUGGGACUACGCGUUGCUCCUGUUCGACGGCAACUGCCACGUCUGCCACAAGCCCAAGGCCAAGACGGUCGACUUUUACCUGCGCGUUCGCGCCUGUGCGGCGUGCAUGCGCAGCAACUCGCUCCGCGCCGAGAAGAUCCGCGGCAAGAUCCACCCCAAGGCGUUCGAGUGCGCGCUCGAGUCGACCUGGUCGCCGUACUACGACGACUGGGGCCUCGGCGGCGAGCGCAAGGUCUACACGUUCUUCUGGGACCAGCACGUGCGCGCCGUCAGCCGCCGCCUGUACGAGCUCGACGGCAAGCCCGGGUUCGACGAGUACGUCAAGGAGCGCAAGCGCCUCAAGGUCGCCGCCAAGCAGGACGGCUCGAAGCUCAAGAACUGGGAGAACCGGUUCGCCAUGGCCAAGGAGGACGACGCCUACAGCAUCCUCAAGCGCCGUCAAGCCAAGAUCGAGGCCAGCCUGAUCGCCCUCGGUUAUACGGCCGCCGAGGUCCGCGGCGACGCCGUUCGCUCGAACUCGCUGUACCAGGCCAAGGGCGAGCUCACCGACCGCGCGUGGAACAUGGCCAAGCCCAAGCUCGUCGCCGCCCUCGACUAG